GCCAAAAGGAACUUUUCCUGUGUUUGGAGUGUUGGAAUCUCAGAAGACUGAAUCUUUAAGUAUCUUGAUAUUUGGAAAAGGAAUAUACUGCACUCUUCUGUUUAGAAAUCUUGACUAAUAAAAUGCUUGGAGAAGCCUUCCUACUUGAACUCCUAUACAAAGAACAGAAAUAUACAACAUUUUGUAAACCACUUACAUGUAAGAAGACCUCAAAUGAUGAAAAGGAAACUUGGAAAAAGCAGCUUUUAGAUAUAGAAGACAAUUCACUUUCUCCUGAUAAAAUAGAAAAUCAACAAAAGGUUGAGAAAGAAAGUUUAACAAAGCAAAUUAAUGAUACAAAUAAAAUAAAAUUUGUGGAUGAAAUAACUGUACCAAAAUGCAAAAGUGCAUCCUUUCCAGGAAAUCUGUCUGUUGCGCUGCCCAUUCCAAAAAGAGAACAAUGUGAUGAAAGACAACUGGAUUUAUACCGAUCUUGGUCAUGUACAAGUAUUUGCCAGAAUUAUCCUGACCUACAGAUUGGAGGAGACCACGUGGGCAACAUGUAUGAUUCAGGCUGCUUUGUGGAACACAUACGUGAUGAUGCUCUUAAUGGUCCCCUUUUACUUUCAGUAGAUAUACCAUUGGGCCAUUCUCCCAUCAUUGAGCCUCUAGAGAAACUAUCUGCCUCAAAACUUUUGAAUGGGGAUGAAAUUCGAGAAAAAAGUAUGUUGUUUCAUAAGCAGCCUCUCUCUAAUUCUAUGCUUAAUAAGUAUAUGGAAAACAAGCUGGAUGAACUCUACAAACAAUUUUUGGAAGAAAAUCUCACUAAGUGCCUCUCUAUAACCAACCUUAUGGCUUCUAAUUUGCUAAUGAAUAAUGUAAAUCAGUUUAGCCUUCAAAUCUCUCAAGAGCAGAACGUAGAGGCUUCGAAAGCCCGGGAAGCUCUCCUACAUUCUUUUUCAAGAUGUAAUCUCUAUAACAUUUCCCAUGGAAGCAGUUCUGAAUUCAGCACUCCUAACCUACAAAUAUCAAAACAGAGAAGUAGGGAAUUUGUAUCACAUGUAAUAUAA